GUGGCCCAGCGCGCGGCGGCCGGCCCGGCCGGGGGCGGGCGGGAAGGUGGCGCCUCGGGCGGGGGCCGGUCCCUGCACCAGGUGACCUGUUCCGGCCCGGAUCCGGGCGGCCUCGCCAUGCAGCGGCGCGGCGCGGGGCUCGGGUGGCCGCGGCGGCAGCAGCAGCAACCCCCGCCGCCCGCGGUCGGCCCCCGGGCUGCAGCCAUGGCCCCCCCGAGCGGCGGUGUCCCCCCGGGCCUCGGCGGCCGCCCUGCCUGCGCGCUGCUCCUGCUCUGCUACCUGAAUUUUGUACCAUCUUUGGGUAGGCAGACUGCACUGACGACAUCCGUGAUACCCAAAGCUGAGCACAGCGUGGCUUACAAAGACUUUAUUUAUUUUACUGUCUUUGAAGGAAACGUUCGCAACGUUUCUGAAGUCUCGGUGGAGUAUUUGUGCUCCCAGCCCUGUGUUGUCAAUUUGGAAGCGGUUGUUUCGUCUGAGUUCAGAAGUAGCAUUCCCGUGUACAAAAAAAGGUGGAAGAAUGAGAAACAUCUUCACACCAGCAGGACACAAAUAGUACAUGUGAAAUUUCCAAGCAUUAUGGUUUACAGAGAUGAUUAUUUCAUCAGACACUCCAUCUCGGUGUCUGCGGUGAUACUACGCGCCUGGAUUACUCACAAAUACAGUGGUGGAGACUCGAAUGUUAAAUGGGAGGAAAACUUGCUACAUGCCGUGGCAAAGAAUUACACUCUGCUGAAGACAGUCCCGCCUUUUGAACGCCCUUUCAAAGAUCAUCAAGUGUGCCUUGAGUGGAACAUGGAUUAUAUUUGGAACCUUCAGGCAAACAAGAUUCCACAGUGUCCUCUGGAAAACGAUGUGCUCACCCUUCUUGGCUUUCCCUAUGCCUCCAGUGGAGAAAACACCGGCAUCGUAAAGAAAUUCCUGAGGUUUCAGAACCGGGAGCUGGAGGCCACCCGACGCCAGCGGAUGGAUUACCCAGUGUUUACUGUUUCAUUGUGGCUUUAUUUACUCCAUUAUUGCAAGGCCAAUCUCUGUGGGAUUCUGUACUUUGUUGAUUCUAAUGAGAUGUAUGGCACGCCUUCCGUGUUUCUCACUGAAGAGGGCCAUUUGCAUAUUCAAAUGCACCUUGUCAAAGGAGAAGACCUUGCUGUAAAAACUAAAUUCAUCGUACCUUUGAAGGAGUGGUUCCGACUGGAUAUCUCUUUCAACGGAGGCCAGAUAGUCGUAACCACUAGCAUUGGACAAGAUUUGAGAAGCUACCAUGAUCAGACCAUUAGUUUCCGGGAGGAUUUCCAUUACAAUGACACAGCUGGGUACUUCAUUAUUGGAGGGAGCAGGUACGUGGCUGGCAUUGAAGGGUUUUUUGGACCCCUGAAGUACUACCGUCUCCACAGUCUGCACCCCGCCCAGAUUUUUAAUCCCCUCCUUGAGAAGCAACUUGCUGAACAAAUCAAGUUAUAUUACGAAAGGUGUGCUGAGGUUCAAGAAAUAAUAUCUGUGUAUGCAUCCGCGGCGCAGCAUGGGGGAGAGCGACAGGAAGCAUGCCGCCUCCGCAACUCCUACCUGGACCUCAAGCGCAGGUAUGGGAGACCCUCGACAUGCAGAGCCUUCCCCUGGGAGAAGGAGCUGAAAGACACACACCCCAGCUUGUUCCAGGCCUUGCUGGAGAUGGAUUUGCCGAGCGUGCCAAGGAACCAAAAUGAAUCUGUAUCAGAAAUCGGUGGGAGGAUAUUUGAAAAGGCUAUAAAGAGACUCUCUAGCGUCGAUGGGCUUCACCAAAUUAGCUCUAUCGUCCCCUUUCUGAUGGAUUCCAGCUGCUGUGGAUACCAUAAAGCAUCCUACUACCUCGCAGUCUUUUAUGAAACUGGAUUAAGUGUUCCUCGGGAUCCGCUGCAGGGCAUGCUGUAUAGUUUGGUUGGAGGCCAGGGCAGUGAGAGGCUGUCUUCGAUGAAUCUCGGGUACAAACACUAUCAGGGUAUUGACAGCUACCCCCUGGACUGGGAGCUGUCGUAUGCCUACUACAGCAACAUUGCCACGAAGACACCCCUUGACCAGCACACGCUACAGGGAGAUCAGGCUUAUGUUGAAACAAUUAGACUAAAGGAUGACGAAAUACUCAAGGUACAAACCAAAGAAGAUGGAGACAUCUUUAUGUGGUUGAAGCACGAAGCUACCCGAGGCAAUGCAGCAGCUCAGCAACGACUGGCCCAGAUGCUGUUUUGGGGGCAGCAAGGUGUGGCCAAGAAUCCGGAAGCCGCGAUCGAGUGGUACGCCAAGGGUGCCCUGGAGACCGAGGAUCCCGCGUUAAUAUACGACUAUGCCAUUGUGCUGUUCAAGGGUCAAGGAGUGAAAAAGAACAGACGGCUUGCCUUAGAGCUGAUGAAGAAAGCAGCUUCCAAGGGAUUGCAUCAAGCAGUCAAUGGCUUGGGAUGGUAUUACCACAAAUUCAAGAAAAAUUAUGCCAAAGCAGCAAAGUACUGGUUAAAAGCAGAAGAUAUGGGGAACCCAGAUGCAUCGUACAAUCUUGGAGUCCUGUAUUUGGAUGGCGUUUUCCCAGGAGUUCCUGGCAGGAAUCAAACGUUAGCUGGUGAAUAUUUCCAUAAGGCUGCGCAAGGCGGACACAUGGAAGGGACCUUAUGGUGUUCUCUCUACUAUAUCACAGGCAACCUGGAGACAUUCCCUAGAGAUCCCGAGAAAGCUGUUGUAUGGGCAAAGCACGUAGCUGAGAAAAAUGGCUACUUGGGCCAUGUCAUUCGCAAAGGCCUCAAUGCCUACCUGGAGGGUUCAUGGCAUGAAGCUUUGCUGUAUUAUGUUUUAGCAGCAGAAACUGGAAUUGAAGUGUCACAGACAAAUUUAGCACACAUCUGUGAAGAGAGGCCAGAUCUUGCCAGGAGAUACUUGGGUGUUAAUUGUGUUUGGAGAUACUAUAAUUUCUCUGUUUUUCAAAUCGAUGCUCCUUCAUUUGCGUAUUUGAAAAUGGGAGACCUUUACUACUAUGGCCACCAAAACCAGUCCCAGGACCUGGAGCUGUCCGUGCAGAUGUAUGCCCAAGCAGCGCUGGACGGGGACUCCCAGGGAUUUUUUAACCUGGCCCUGCUAAUUGAGGAAGGUGCUAUAAUCCCACACCAUAUUUUGGAUUUCUUGGAAAUUGACUCAACUAUCCAUUCUAAUAACAUCUCCAUUCUCCAGGAACUAUACGAAAGGUGCUGGAGCCGCAGCAACGAGGAGUCCUUCAGCCCCUGCUCCCUGGCCUGGCUCUACCUUCACUUGCGGCUCGUCUGGGGCGCCGUCCUGCACUCAGCCCUGAUCUACUUGCUGGGAACCUUCCUGCUGUCUGUACUGAUCACCUGGACUGUGCAGUACUUGCAGUCUGUCUCAGCCAGCAGUUCUCCAACACCAGCUCACGCCUCCGCAGACCCCACCGCGUCCGCUGCAAGCCCAGCUGUGACUCCAGCUGCAGAUGCCUCUGACCGGGACCAGCCCACGGUCUCUAAUAACCCGGAGCCACGUGGGUGAACUGUGCACUCCAGGUCUCUCCAGAUGAGAGAGAAUCCUUUAAACGGCUGGCAUGGGAAAGCUGGGGUCAGGGCAUUACCCUGAUAAACACCUUAAAUGUCUUGUCAACUGGAUGCGAAGUUUGCACUUGGUGUCGUUUUUUAAAAAAAUCAAAUUAUAAGGAAGUACCCAGAGCAGGCAGUGGUUAUACCAAAGGCUACCAAACACACGUAAGGAACGUCUUGAUCGUGGGAUGUGGGGGGGGGGGGGCAGGUUACUGGGGCAUCACAGACUCUCGUCCCUGUGAUUGUGUGUACUAGGAGUCACAGUUUGCCCUGUGGCAUAUCUGGAUUCUCACACACUAAGAUGUAUUUUAAGAAUCUUAGUGCAUCGUUCAUUCCCUUUUAUUGAAAAUGAGAACAGAAAACUGAGACUUCUCUACAAGCUAGGUGAUAUGUUGGUACCUGUGUUUGCCUCAAAGCUGAACUGACAGAGUUUUCUUUGACUUCCAAGACCCAGCAGUUAUAAGGCACCUUGAAAUAAAUAGUUUAUGGCUGGAAAGGCAGGGAAGGCGAUGGCUUUGUAAAUUGGUUUACAUUUUUCUCCUUGAAUUUUUCUAGGGUCCUAGUGCUUCCAAAUCAUUUAAUGAUGUUGUUGGAUAUCUUUUACGUUUCAACUACAAUCCAUGAAAUAACAUUUAGGAGAUUCUUAGUAUUUAAGUGUAGUCUUCUCCAUGAAUUACCCAUUAGAAUAGACUGGCAGCAACGGAAUAUGCGGAAAGCAAGCCUUUAGCUCAUAGUGUCAUCCCCACCCCUUAUGCCUGCCUGAGUCUAUGUGUGUGUGUGUGUGUGUGUGUGUGUGUGUGUGUGUGUGUGUGUGUAAGAGGAAGAGCAGAGUGUCUGUAUACUAUAUGCUGCUAAGGUAGUAAAUAAAUCAGUAAUGCAAUAUUGUGGGUCCAAACUACUCUUUGCACUACUUUAUUUACAGUAGUAAAUAAAAUUAUUUUUAUACAGUUGA